CGUUUCUACGUCCCUCUGUUAGCAUGGUGGCUAACCGGUUAGCAUGAUGAAAUGUGCUGCAUUCAUGUCCUAAUGAAGACUGGCACUGCUUAACCGGCAAUGUUAUUUAAGGCAACUUUACCGCCUUGAGGCACGCAACAACUUUAUUGUCAUCCUGUUCAAUAUUUGCCGUGUCAACACCAUACCCCCUGCUGAGUUAAAGGUGACUGACAUGGCAGCCAAUGGAGACAGCUGUGACAAGCCUCUAAGACGCACAGGAGCCAAAGACAAACAGAAUGGCAAAUUUACAGACUCAACAAUAAGAGAGAGGAGGCAGAGAGAUAAGGAGGAACGUCUUUCUCUGGUGUUGUGGAGGAGACCUCUGACAACACUCCAUUACUUCUUUCUAGAGUUCUUCAUCAAGCUAAAGGAGUGGACGCUCAAGCUGUGGCAGCGACGGGGUGUGGUGUUCCUAGUUCUGCUGCUGUGUUCCCUCUUCUCUGUCACCUACUCUAUCCAGGGGGCUCACCAAAAAUAUGUCCAGUACCUGGAGAAGAGGUUCCUGUGGUGUGCAUAUUGGGUCGGCCUGGGCAUCCUGUCUUCUGUGGGCCUUGGGACUGGUCUGCACACCUUCCUGCUCUACCUGGGUCCUCACAUAGCGUCUGUCACACUGGCAGCGUACGAGUGCAGCUCCACAGAUUUCCCAGAACCUCCCUACCCAGACCAGAUUGUGUGUCCGCUACUUGGCGGGGAGGAGGGCAGCGUCUCGCUCUUCUCCAUCAUGUCGAAGGUCCGCCUGGAGGCCUGCAUGUGGGGUGCGGGCACCGCCAUCGGAGAGUUGCCUCCGUACUUCAUGGCCAGGGCAGCACGGCAGUCAGGGGCCGAUCCUGAGGAUGAAGACUACGAGGAGUUCGAGGAGAUGCUGGAGCAAGCCCAGAGCGCACAGGAUUUUGUCACCAGAGCCAAGCUGGGAGUUCAACACAUGGUGCAGAAAGUGGGAUUCUUCGGCAUCUUGGCUUGUGCUUCGAUCCCCAAUCCUCUUUUCGAUUUGGCGGGAAUCACCUGUGGACACUUCCUGGUUCCCUUCUGGACCUUCUUUGGGGCCACGCUCAUCGGGAAAGCCAUCGUCAAGAUGCACAUACAGAAGCUGUUUGUGAUCAUCACCUUCAGCAAGCACAUUGUGGAGCAAAUGGUGUCCCUGAUUGGGUCCAUACCCCGAGUGGGAGCGUCGCUGCAGAAGCCCUUCAGUCACUACUUGGAGGCACAGAGGAACAAGCUGCAUCACGCCGAAGGAAGGACUCAAUCAGAUGACAACUGGCUGUCGUGGCUGUUUGAGAAGCUGGUGCUGGUCAUGGUGGUCUACUUCGUCAUCUCCAUCCUCCACUCCACGGCGCAGGCCCACGCCAAGCGGCGGCAGCAGCGGCGGCGCUCGGAGGAGAAGACCAAGUGAAUUUGAAAGGAAGCGGUAGGAAGUGAGCGCCGCUCGCUCGUUCUCUUCCAACAAACCUCGCCAUGAGUGUGUGAAGACCAGACUGUGUGUGUGUGUGUGUGUGUGUGUGUGUGUGUGUGUGUGUGCGUGUCAUCCACACCGUCUCCUGUAGUUUAACGAUCAUCUCAGUCUUACGGCGUGCUGAGCAGCUGCGUGUCCUACUGAUUCUAACUAAGCUCUUAUUUCCCUUCAUUCCAAGGCCUUAUGCAAAGAUGGCAACGUCUCCCUUCACUAGUUUGACUUGUGUGCCAGACUCUGGACUUGGUGCAGGUGCCCACCUUUUGGGCACACACGGGGUGAGCAAGUUCCAUUCACAAGCCAUCCUCCAGACGUAUUAUUAUUACAAUUACAGGUAAAAGCCAGUAAAUUAGAAUAUUUUGAAAAACUUGAUUUAUUUCAGUAAU